AUGUCUCUCUACGACAAUCGUUAUUAUCAUUUGAACAAAACGUUUCUGUCUAUUCUCGGCCAAUGGCCCUUUCAAUCGCGAUUGGAGGGUAACGCGUUUCUCGCCAUUACAUUAUUCUUCACUUGCAGUCUGACGGCAAUAGAGUUGUGGGGCCUAAUAGCCGGAAUAUCGGAUAUAAACAUAUUCAUGCAGAAUGCAGCCCCGUUAUUGGUCAACAGCCUGGUCUUCGUAAAAUUGUUUAACUCUAUUUAUAAUAAGUAUAAAAUGAAGGCUCUUCUAGAGAACAUCGAACAGACAUGGAAGGCGAUAAACAUUGGACCAGAGAGUGAUAUAUUACGGAAUUACGCGGAACAAAGCAGAUCAUUAACGAUAAAAUAUGCAUUUUUCCUUUACUUUGGGUGGAUCUUUUAUUCGAUGAUGCCAUUCUUCAUCAAAGGAAUAUAUUUGUUUUUACCUACAAAUGAAACCUAUGAAAUUAAAUAUAUAUUCCGUGUAGAACACGUUAUCGAUGUGGACAAGCAUCUCCAUAUCUUGAUGCUUCACGCAGUUGUUAGUGUAUUUUUUAUAGUAUCGAUACCAGUAGCUGUCGAUGGCAUAUUUAUACUUUACAUACAACAUACAUUGGCAUUAAUCGAAAUCAUACGCUAUAAUUUGAAGCGUAUACAAAGCUCGAAAAUCGUGAUACUCGAACCGGAUAUAGCUGACGAUGAAGCGUAUCAUGUUCUAAUUAGAUGUAUCAAAUCCUAUAAUCGUGUUCUACAAUUUUCCGAUCAUUUAUCAUCUACCUUCGCAACAUGCAAUUUGUUAUUAGGAAAUAUAAUGAUAUCCUUAAGCUUCAGUGCGGCUGAGGCACUAAUGAUGAAGAAUCAAUUCGACGAACUUCUACGAAUGGUUGGCUCUAAUGUUGCACAAUUAACGCACGUUUUUUCUUUAAGUUUACUUUGCCAAAAAUUGACCGAUUACAGCAGCGGGCUUCAAGAAGCAGUUUAUAAUUGUAAUUGGUACGAGAUUUCAUUGAGAUCCAGACAAUUGCUCAGAUUUACGUUAAUGCGAACUCUCAAACCGUGCCAAAUAAAGGCUGGCAAAUUACAUGUGAUGUCACUGCAGAAUUUCGGCUCGAUUUUACGAAUAUCUGUGUCUUACUUUACGAUGCUCACAUCAGUACAAUAA